AUGUUCCGAGGCGUACGCUGCAAGGAAAAUGGACAUGCAGACAAAAGUUAUUAUGGAUCUUCGGAUUUGUGUAUUUCCCUGAAAUCGGAAUUGCACGAAAUUAAAACGAAGUAUAUGUCGGUAGUUGAACAAAGUGAUAAAGAGAAUAGUGGAAAUAUCAAUCGUGCUCUUAAUUUAAAUAAUUUGCAGUCUACUCGUACCGAGGACACGUCGGACAAGUGGAGCGAAAAUAUACCAACACCAUCAUUUGCUAAAAUUGCUCAAAACUCGAGGCAGAAUGGCCUUCGAACUAAGUUGAACAGUUUUUGUCGCAACAUAGAAUAUUUAGAAGCUGAUAUCAUUGCUAUAACGGAAACUGGAUGUAAUGACUCGAUAAUGGACGGCGAAAUUAUACCGGCAAGGUACCAAAUUGUUCGGUGCGACCGUACUGAUUGUCGUAAACACGACGGUGCAUUUCUAGUGGCCGCGCGCGGUUUACAAAUACAUAGAGUGAGCCGAUGCGAACUAGAUGACGUCACGGCAACUAGAUCUAGUGUUGUGCUCGUCAUACUGUGUGAUAAAAUGUCGGUGAAGGAGGCGGACGAGCCCUUGGUGCCGGUGGACCCACUCAUGAUUGAGCUGCACUACCCUCGCUGUACCAGGAUAGGACGGGACGCUUUGCAUAAUUAG